AUGCGGGUUGAGGUUGAGUGCAAGGUCGCAUCCGACCUUCCUAAGUUUGUUGAGGGUCUAAGGCGUCUGGGAAAGGCGGACUCCAUCCUAGCUAAAAUGGUUUCAGCAGCAGGUGUCCCAUACCGGGAGACCAUCGUUGGUUGUUCACCUCUUAUGACGGCCAGGUCUUAUAACAGCCACAACCGCCUCAACAAGACGACCAGACCCAUGCCUGCUGUUCUUGUCGAGGCCAUUGAUGAUGGCACGAUUGGUCUAUCAGAUGAAGCAAAGGAUGGUACUAAAAUCUUGUUAGAGCAAAAUCAAUUGCUUGCAAAGCAGAUAUGGAGUUAUGGGCCAGAUGGUUGUGGACCAAAUAUGUUGUUAGAUCAGUCCAAAGGAGUCCAUUAUCUGAAAGAGAUCAAAGACUAG